AACAGACCAUUUCCCAAGAAAGAAUAACGGAAAAAACAAAAUGAUCGGAGAUAUCUCCCCGCCGGUGACUUCAAUCCCAGUUGUUGAAGGGAAUGAAGAAUUGAGGAAGCCACAGAAUCUGAUUCCGCCGUUUUCAAAGGUGGUGUCUCAUUUUGGCAUUAGCGGAAUCUCCGUCGCAUUGGCCACUGGCGUGACUCAUCCUCUCGAUGUAGUGAAAGUGAGAUUGCAGAUGCAGCAUGUCGGCCAAAGAGGUCCGUUAAUUGGAAUGACUGGAAUCUUUCUUCAACUGAUGAAGAAUGAAGGGCGUAGGUCUUUAUACUUGGGGUUGACUCCUGCUCUCACUAGAUCAGUGCUUUACGGAGGUCUUAGAUUGGGAUUAUAUGAACCCACCAAGGUUUCUUUUGAUUGGGCAUUUGGAUCUACCAAUGUCUUGGUCAAGAUAGCAUCAGGCGCAUUCGCCGGGGCGUUUUCCACUGCAUUAACUAACCCUGUUGAAGUUGUUAAGGUAAGGUUGCAGAUGAAUCCAAACGCAGUUCCCAUUGCAGAAGUGCGGGAAAUAGUCUCUAAAGAAGGCAUAGGAGCUUUAUGGAAAGGAGUUGGUCCUGCCAUGGUUAGAGCUGCAGCACUAACUGCCUCACAGCUUGCAACAUAUGAUGAAGCCAAACGGAUUCUGGUUAAACGAACUUCUUUAGAAGAAGGGUUUCAUCUUCAUUUGUGGUAAAAGUUUAGCAGUAAUUACUGCUGUUUCUUUUUCAGACAAAAAUCAAUUGAAGCGUCAAAAACUAACUUACUUUAGCACUUGAGGAAUGAAGCUCAAGUGUGGUUGCAGGUUUAGUAAGCACACUGAUAACCGCACCCAUGGACAUGAUUAAAACCCGCUUGAUGUUGCAGCAAGGUUCUGAAAGCACCAAAACCUACAGAAACGGGUUUCAUUGCGGUUACAAGGUUGUUCGCAAAGAAGGUCCUCUGGCACUUUACAAAGGAGGCUUUGCAAUUUUCGCACGGCUCGGGCCACAAACGAUGAUCACGUUCAUACUAUGCGAGAAGCUUAGAUCACUCGCUGGACUUCACACAAUGUAGCCACUGACCUGUUCGUGCCAAGCUUGUCCGGUUUCAGAUAAGUUCUCCAUUCUUUUUUUAAAAAUGAUUCACUCUAGGUGAGAUUUUUCUAAUCAAAUGAUUCAUUUGGUAGUGACAUUUCACAAUUUUUAUGUAUAUUGUACAAUUUUUCGCAUCACAAUUUGUUCUCUAUGAUUCAUCAUUUCACUAAUUCUAUAACCAAAAACAAAGAUGAUGAUUCGAGAUUGUUUCAGUUUUUAUUAUAAAGAAAAAAGUACUCUAAGUUGGUAUGUUCUUAUUGUCAUCUAGAUCCAAGCGUGAUGGAAAUUGAGCCUUUUUCUUUGAUUAGGAUUGGAUAAGCAUUGGAAUUGAAAUGAUAUUUAUCCAAAUAAAAAUAUACUUAUAUACGUAGUGGUUAUGUUGAAAUGACUUCUCUAUUACAAAGUGUAAUGUCACUCUAAUAUUUUAUACUAGUCUACAUCACGAAGAAUACAAAUUGUUUUCUUAUAAUCGAAUAUUAACCAAUUAUCCAAAACAAAUAAUUCUAAUUCGAUUAGUUAUGGUGGAAGUUGGUUGUUGACAAAUGACAAGAAUACGCUUUGACAAACAUGCACAAUAAAAACUUGUAGGGCCAAAACAGAAAAGAUGAAUAAAUUCAGGGGUCUAUUUGUUGGAAAUAUGAGAAAUUUAAUUUUGUGGCGUUGGAGAAAGGAACAAGUUGGAGCUGCUCGAGUCUUUGUUUUUUUGGUCGCGUUGGCGGGACAGUCUGUCAUGCUUGUGUUUGCCCCUCUGUUUUCGCUUGUAUUUACGAGUUUUGCCAUUCUAGUUUUCUGACUAUUUUGCCCUUCGACAGUGACCUUUCCGUUGUGCUUCUAUUUCAUUAUUUUUUUAGAUCCUAUGGUCAAACUCUUUUCGUGUUUAUCCAUUUACAAAAGUCUUUGAAUGUUCU